AUGACAUGGGAAAUCACAGGUUCUACGUCAGAUUGCGAUAUAUUUUGGAUGGACACAAACGUAAACGUAGAGUUUUGCUCAAAAAUGAAGCCAUAUCAAUUUGUAAAUCAUUUCCCUGGAACAGGUUGCAUAUCUAGAAAGGUUAAUCUCAGCAAAAACUUUUUCGCAAUGCAAAAACUAUUUCCUGAACAAUAUAACUUCCAUCCCAAAUCAUUUACAGUCCCAGCUGAAAGAAGUACACUGAAAAACUAUAUGGAAUCGAUGCCUGCUGAUCAUCGUACAUUUAUUAUCAAGCCAGACCUUGGAUCUCAAGGAAAAGGCAUCUAUCUUAUACAGGAUCCCAAUGAGGCUCUUGAAUGCAAGAAGCUUGCUAUUGCGCAACAACUAAUCGACCCAUAUCUUAUUGAUGGAUUAAAGUUUGAUCUAAGAGUCUAUGCACUCGUUUCAUCAAUUAAUCCACUUCGUGUUUAUGUCUACAAAGAAGGCUUAGCUCGCUUUUGCACAGAAGAAUAUGAAAAACCUACUUCUAAGAAUAUGAACCAAUCAUACAAAUUCCUUACAAAUUACAGCUUGAACAAACAUAAUAAGAAGUUCGAGCAGUUUCAUGAUGGAAAAGGUCAUAAAAGAUCAAUUUCAUGCGUUUUCAAGCAGUUGCUUGAAAAUGGCGUGGAUAUUGAUAAACUUUGGGAGGAAAUCCACAGAAUCAUUGUACUGACUGUCAUUAUUGGACAACCAAUCAUAGCACAUAAUUAUAAAUCUUCAAUCAAGGCUCAAGAUGGCAAAUCUAGAUGUUUUGAGAUAUUAGGCUUCGACAUACUAAUUGACAGUAACUUGAAACCAUGGGUUCUUGAAGUAAAUCACUCUCCUAGCUUUUCGACAGAAUCAGACUUCGACUACCAUGUUAAGAUGGAUUUAAUUAGCGAAGCACUGAAAAUCCUAGAUAUUAACCAUAUUAUGAGAUCCAGAAUCAUCAAUAUUGAUAAGCAAAGAACAUAUCAAAGAAUUAAUGGAACAAGACAAACUGACAUCCCUCAGUUAUUCAAUCCUACAUUAGAGUCAAGAAUAGCUUCAUCAACAGGCUGGAAGCUAGUUUAUCCAGCAGCAAAUGCAGCUGAAUUUGAUAAGAUUUUAAAUCGAAUUGAAGAUCUUCCUAAAUACGGCAUUGAAGAAACACAUGCAUUCGUAUGCCGAAAGAAAGCUUCUCAGACACAAAUUGAUGAAAUGGAGAGAAAAGCACUCGAAGCAAAAAGAGAACCGAAACCAUUCGUUACAUCUUUUGGCCAAUACUCGAUUUUAUCUCCAAAAUCACAUCAUUUGUUUGUUGCUCCUAAAGUUAGACCUCAAACUGAUACAAGAAGACAACCUGCAAGAUUAAUUCGUUUAAAAACGUAA